CUUUUUUGCCGUUUUCCCACUCCGGACGAAUUUUGGCCUGACUUGUCCAUUACGCAAACCCCUUUGUAUGGCUAAGUAAUGGUAGCGUGUACGGGAGCCUGUCUAGUUUGCACCCAUACUUCAGCACCUACGAAUUUCGUUCAGAUCUGCGAGAGUACCUGUCGAUCUAAGUACAAGUGGAAAAUGAGGCUGUUUUGUGUCGCAGUUAAUGCGCAACGCCCUUGGCUAGUUCCCUAUCCAGUCACACGCUGAUUUUGGUAGCGCAGCUCGCUCUAUGUGACGUGACACGAAAGUGACGAAACAGCCGUCAGUUUAUGUAAGUGGGGCAAAUUCGUCCGGAGUGGGAAACUGCAAAAAAAGCAACUUUUUUUCCUCCAAACGAGGAAAAGGCGAGUUUUCUGCAAUUAGCAACCUAGCGGAUAGUUUACCCCGUACGUAGUGAACAUACAGGUGCAAUUUUAGCUCAUAAAAUCAAACGAAUGUUUAGUUAUGCCCCCGGAUAAAACUUUUCGAAAGAAAUCCAUUCGUCGUGCCCUGUUUACGGGUCUAGCCAGUGGCUACCGUUUGGUCCCAAGUGAGCGUGGUUUUGCCGGCCGCGUGAAUCGCUGGCCGUACGCCUAGAGCUAGAGAAGGAGGGCCUAAAGUAGUUUGAUGCGGCCUUGACCUCAUUCAGACACACAGUCACUGAGCUUUUUUUUUUUUUUGGAGUCCAGCUGCAGUGGAUUUGGAUGGAAAACAGUAUGCCUUCUACUGGCAACCUUUAUGUAUGUACUGAGGAGUGUUACUCGUUACGUUAGUCAGUAGAGACUGACGCUAUCUCGGUGUCCAGCAGGUGGACUCGACUCCAGCAUAUCUAGAUUACUCGACCUUGCGUACAAAGUGAUACUGCUGGCAUGGGCUUAUCCAUGUUUGCAUUGUGCGCAAACCUAUGGAAAACUCGAAGUUUAACCUUUGUACGGCUACAUUACAAAUCCUUUCCUCCUUGUGAACCUCGAGCUGGACCAAAAGAGGGCGCACUUUUCUCAGCAAGGAAGGCUCUUUUCGUUGGAAAUGAAGUUUGCUCAUUGAUAAAACAGAAAUACACGUGUUAAAGUCACAUCUCUACCAACAAAAUGUACACUCUUGACCAGUAUGGCUGUCUUCAACCAAUGAGGGGACCUUGCUUCUCCUUGAGGCAGAUUUGUGCAAUGCCCAAGAUGAAAAGAGUUUAUCUGCCCCACAAUGUGCAAGUCACAACUUGCAUGCCCAGUGGUUUUCUUCUGCCAGUGUUCGACUUACACAUGCAAGUAAAGUCCAGGAAGAAGUUAGAGCCAAACUGCUGUCACUUUCCGGCUUUGUUCCUAAAGUUGGUUGGCCAAUCAGAUUUUGUGAAGACUGCAUUGAUGAAGUCAAAAGAAAAUUCCUGAAAGUUAUUGGGAAGACUGACUCUCCCGUGGAAUGCCAAGAAGAACAAUCCUAUUCAGAUGAUCACACCUGUGCCAAAAAAUGGAACAACCAUAACCUUGGUGUUGCUUUAGUCACAAAUGAUUGACAAACUGAGUAGAGACGAACAUGCCCAAGUUGCAUUUCAUCUUGGGAGUAUGGAAGGAAAGGAUGUUACAAAUGAUUCACUUAACCUAUCAGACUGUCGGACCAUAGAUGAAAUAUUGGAUGUGCUACAGCUUCAUAGAUUUGUUGCUUCUAGAAAUAGAACUUUUGUUGCAUUCCUUGGUGGGUUGGCAAAUCAAGAUUUUCCUGCUUCCGAAUUGCCACCAAACAAGACAAUCUCAGGCACCUCUUAGCAGUGUAGACUAUAUCAUUUGUGAAUUGGUCGUUCGUGAUCUUGUGUCGUCACACAAUGAGAACCGAGUUGCUGCAUGUCACAAGUUUAAUUCAUCGUGAGGUUAAUCAUCCUAGAAAUACAGUCAAUUCAUAUUCUGACCAACUGUUGAGGAACUAAUAUUACCAGACCACACAAUGGCUAUUGGACAAGGAAUUUACAAAUACCUAGCUGCUGAGCAUGUCUUGUUUGUUUACAUGAUGGCGUCUGGUCUUAGUAUCCCCACAAAGACACAGUAUAUCGAGAGGCGUAUUGCAAAAGACUUGGGCGUUGAGUCUUACACGGAGACAACUUGUUUGACCAACAAGUCCAGCCCUGAUUAUGAGAUACAGGUGGAAAUUCAACGUCAGAGCACCAUGUGGAUGUUGUACAUAACCCUCUGCAUUCAGUUCCCGGCAUUGAUCUUGAGCAACAUAUGUGGUGGCAUCAGCGAUCGUUAUGGUCGGCAUGUCCCCUGUGCUGUUCCCUGCAUUGGGCUCAUUCUUAACUAUGUCAUCAGCGCCAUUGUGGUGGUGUUCGAGCUGCCCCUGGCUAUGUUCCUGGCAGCGAGUUUGAUAGUAGGGUUGUCAGGUGAUGUGACGUCGGUCGUGACCGGUUGUGCAGGGUACAUUUCUGAUGUUACCCUCCCCAAAAGCAAAGAGAGGACAACCCGCUUUGCUCUGAUCGAUGUUUCCUACACUAUGUCAAACAGUUUAAUCCAGUUUGCUAUUGGCUACGUCAUCAGCCUCUACGGUUUUGCCGCGCCUUUCUACGUGGGUAUUGUGUUGAUCGCCAUCUGUGCCUGCUGCAUCAUAUUUUGUCUCCCUGACAGGCGUGCUUACGCGCCCAGCUCAUCAACCAACACUGCAAUUCAGACAAAUAGUUCCAGCAAGGAAGAAACUCCAAAGAACCCAAUCAAUGUUUUCAGAAAUGUGUACUGCCUCUUCAAAAGUGCCCCAGGCAGGCCUGGCAGGCGAGGUUGGCGGCUGUGCGCCUUCAACUUCAUCAUUUGCGCCAGCAUCAUGUUAAUUGUCGCCAACUCUGUUAUCAGUGUCCUGUACACCACGGGGCAGCCGUUCUGCUUGAAUCCUGUUCAAGAAGGACAUUAUGGUGCUGCUAUGUUUGCUGUUUUCACUGGAGGUACCUUGCUGGCGGUGACAGUCCUUCAGCGAUUUCUGCCACCGUUUUGGAUCAUGCACCUGACAUCGGUCUCUGUCAUCUCAUCGGUUGUCCUUGUGGCUCUAGCAAAGACAACACUCCUCCUUUACAUAUCGCUCUUUGUUGGAAUGUUCACCUACAUGGCAAUUCCUGUGUCAAGGAGCAAAAUGGCAGAUAUGUAUGAAGCGGACGAACAAGGUGUUCUAUUUGCAUUCAGUGGUUGCCUCUGUGGUUUGGCUGCCUUUGUGACACCGCUGAUCUUCAAUGCCAUCUACUCCAGCACCUUGCAUUUUAUGCCGGGAUUUGUUUACUUUGUCAUGGCUGUGGUGGGGGGUGCAGCCUGGCUCGUGAUCUUAAUUCUUCAUGUGAAGGAGCCCAGGGGAAAUACGCACUACCAACAACUUCAUGGUGAUGAUCUUGAUGGGCUUCCUACUAGUUGUCCCAAUGAUGAUGGAGAUGACGGAGUUGGACAUGAAGAAGUGGGCUUCAAGCAUAACUAGUUGCACUGGAAAGAGGUCAUCAGAAGACAGCGAUGAGGAACGGUAUGAAGCCAAAUUACAUGUAUUAGCCACUUAUUUAGAACCUGUACAUCUCAAGGAAGGGGCU